AUGGAAAGCGAGGUUUUUCUCCCCCAUCUGGAGCAAUUUAUGCUCAGCCCGCUUGUCAUUUGGGUGAAGACAUUUGGGCAAAACGAUGGGAACAUGACAUUGGAUUAUUCCGAGUUACUGGAUGGGGUAGUUUUGAACAAGAUCAUGAUUCAAAUAAACCCCAAAGCGACUCUUCAGAGCGUCAACAAAGUGAACAACGACCCCAGUCAGAGGAUUCUGAACCUGACCGUUCUCAUCCGUCAAAUCAAAACCUAUUACCUAGAGACUCUGAGGCAGCUGAUCAUGAUGCCCUUACCCAACUUGUUGGUGCUUGGCAAGACUCCUCACUGUGAGCAAAGUCUGGAGGAAAUGAAGAAAUUACUUCUUCUCUUAUUGGGCUGUGCUGUCCAGUGUGAGAAGAAAGAGGAGUACGUGGAACGCAUCCAGACCCUCGACUUUGACACGAAAGCAGCAAUAGCUGCUCAUAUCCAAGAGGUUACCCACAGUCAGGACAGUGUACUGGACCUCCAUUGGCUGGAGGCCAGCGAGCUCUGUGCUGAGGACCUGGAGACCCUGUUCAGACGCCUGGUGGACCAGAGAGACACACAGCUGGAGACUAUUUUAGAGCUAAUGCAGGAGAGAGAGUCCACCUCGUCACCCUCUCCGCCCAGCGCCCAGUCCCCCAGCGACUGUCCCAGCAUGCAACAGCAGGCGGCAUCCCACCAGCACCUGUCUGUAGAGCUGGCCGACUCCAAGGCCAAGGUCAGACGGCUGCGUCAGGAGCUAGAGGAGAAGAGUGAGCAGGUACUGGACUGCAGACAGGAGCUGGAGAACAUGGAGGCUGAGUUCAAGAGGAUUCAACAGGAGAACUCUGUGUUGCUAGCGGAGGCCCGGUCAGCCCGUACGUACCGUGACGAGCUGGAUGCCCUGAGAGAGAGGGCCAUCAGGGCUGACAAGCUGGAGAGCGAGGUGGGACGAUACCGCGAGAAACUACACAACAUGGAGUUCUACAAGGCCAAAGUGGAGGAGCUGAAGGAGGAUAACUCUGUGUUGCUGGAGACCAAGGCUGUACUGCAGCAGCAGAUGGAGGGGUGGAGGGCCCGCUCUGAUAAACUACACCAGCUAGAGAAACACAGUCUGCUGCUCAACGCCAGGGUCCAUGUCAUGGAACAGGAGAAGGAGGUGGACAGGAGGCGCAUGGAGGAGCUGCAGGAGGAGAACCUGGCCUUGGAGCUGGCCCAGAGGAGGAGCAUGGAGGAGUCACAGCACCUGGGAUGGGAGCUGGAGCAGCUCUCCAGGAGCCCCGACAACUCACAGGGUCAGAAGUCUCUGGGUGAGGAGGUGGUUGAUGGGACCAGGAGUCAUCUGCUGAGGCUGGAGAGAGAGAACCAAAGCCUGCUCAGGACCAUAGAGGAUCUGAGAGCUGCUGACCUCAGCCUGGGACCGCAGCACAACCAUAACCAUGAGCACACGCGGAGGGACAGCCAGCGACCCACAAACACGGCUGAGGUGGUUAGAGAGUACCUUGGCAGUUUAGACAACACCUCCUGGGAGCAGUCUGAAUUGGUCAUCAAAGAGGAUUGUGACAUUGACAUAGACACAUCACAUCACAGGGACCCAAAGUGCAACGGAGUGUCGGUUGACCUAGAGGGAGAGAUUGACCGACUGGAGAGAGAGAGCGAGACCCUCAAGGAGAAGAUGGACCUUCAGAAGCAAGAGAAAGGCCAACUCGAAGACGGAGAGUCUUGCCAUCUGAGUGACCCCAUGGCUGACCCGGAAGCAGUAGCUAAAGACAACAUCCGCAAUCUCCUUCAACCAGGCGCUUCAGUGUCUCUGACUCGUGAUACCUCACCCUGCUCUAAGAACAAGAGUCCACGUCGGGAGAACAGUAGCACGGGGCUGCAGACGAGGGCUUCCUCUUCAUCCACUAAGCACACAGAUCGCCUGGAAGCUAAGUGUAGAGCCCUGGACACAGAGAACCAGCGCCUUCAGGCUGCCCUGGACAACACAGGCCGGAAGCUCCAGCGGCUGGAGGCCGAGGUCCACGAGCUGGAGGCUGAGAACCAGAUCCUGCAGGCUGGGCUGGAGGAGCUGAGGAUCUCCUCGCGGCGCAUGGAGCAGCUGGAGCAGGAGAAGCAGACCCUGGAACAGGAGGCUUCAGGCCUGGAGAGAGAUAAGAGGAGGCUGGAGAAGGAGAACCGCAGGCUGAGGCAACAGGCAGAGAUCCAGGACUCUACCCUGGACGGGAGCAACCUGAGGGUGGCUAGUCUGGAGAGAGAGAACAGGGGGAUGGGGAAGGAGGUGGAGAGGCUGAAGGAGGUGGAGGAGAGGGUCAAGGGGCUGGAGAGGGAUAACAGAGAGCUGGCGAAGCAGGGAGCGAUCAGCCAGAGGGCCCUGGUCACCCUGAGAGAGGAGUUGGUGAGUGACAAGCUGAAGACCCAGCAGAGGGAGAAUGAGCUGGAGAGGCUGGCCCACGAGCUGGAGAUGAGAGUCCUCAACCAGGACGCAUCACCACAGACUGACGAGGAAACUCCAGACAACAGGUUCAAGAUGUUGGAGUCUGAGCUGGAGUCAUCUCUGAAGAGGUCCCUGCAGAUCAAAGAAGACAAGAUGGCUGCCGUUGAGGCUCGUCUGCAGGAGUCCUCCACCCUCAACCAGCAGCUACGUCAAGAGCUCAAGACUGUGCGUCUGAACUACGAAGCCCUGUUGCAGAGGGAGGAGGAGGAGCAUGCGGCCCGUAGCCCCACCCCUCAGAGGGAGAGUGACAGGGCGGUAAGCGGAUGGCAGUGGGAGAGCCAGGAGGCCACCAGGGAGCUGUUGAGGGUCAAGGACCGCCUCAUCGAGGUGGAGAGGAACAAUGCCACACUGCAGGCAGAGCGUCAGGCACUGCAGGUCCAGCUCAGACAGCUGGAGACCCAGUCAGACGGCCUGCAGGCUCAGAUCCUGGCCCUGCAGAGACAGACCGCCUCCCUGCAGGAGAACAACACGGCUCUCCAGACACACAACGCUAACCUGCAGGUGGAGAAGUCCACUCUGAACUCCCAGAGUGCAUCACUCCUGGCCCAGAACGCUCAGCUCCAAUGCCAACAAUCCAGCACUGAGGGUGAUAAGGAGGUGGCCAUGCGUGAGCGCGAGGAGCUGCGCGGCGUGUACGACCAGCUCCUGAGGGACCACGAGAGGCUGGCGGCGCUGCACGAGAGACAAGCCAUGGACUACGAGGCCCUGAUGGGAAAACACGGCUGUCUGAAGAACGUCCACCGCACUCUGGAGCUGGAGCAUAGAACGCUGGAGGACAGGUACAAAAUGCUGCUGCAGCAGAAGGCCAAACUAGAAGGUCUGGAGAAGGCUCUGAGAGAGGAGCAGGACAAGAUGUCUGUGGAGAAGGAGCAGCACAGGACCACCGCCUCAGAGUGUCGACAGCUCCGGGAUGAGAAGGACUGGCUGAACCAGACGUACCGUCAGCUGUUGAAGGAUCAGGAGGAGCUCCAGGCGGACCAUAAGAACAUGAAGACCCUGCUGAACAGCACCAAGCUGGAGCAGACAAAGCUAGAGUCCAACUUCAACAAGCUCAGAGAGCAGUACCAACAGCUAGACAUCACCAACACCAAGCUCACCAACCAGUGUGAGCUGCUGAGUCAGUUGAAGGGGAACCUGGAGGAGGAGAACCGUCACCUGCUGGACCAGAUCCAGACCCUGAUGCUGCAGAACCGCACCCUGCUAGAACAGACCAUGGAGAGCAAGGACCUGUUCCACGUAGAACAGAGACAGCACAUAGACAAGCUGAAUGAGCUGAGGAGACAGAAGGAGAAGCUGGAGGAGAAGAUCAUGGAUCAGUAUAAGUUCUAUGACCCCUCACCCCCACGGAGGCGUGGGAACUGGAUCGCCCUGAAAAUGAGGAAGCUGAUGAAGCCGAGGAGCCGUGAGCGUUGUGGCCCCGCCUCCUCUUCUGACCACCAUCGCUCCCUCACCCCCACACGCUCCGGGUCCUUCGAGGCCCUCCCGCCCACCUCCCCCUCUGCUCCCUGUUGCCAGGACAACGACUCCUUCGUGGGUUCGGACGGCUCGGGUGGGUCCACCACCUCCCCCCGGAGGAGCAGCAGUGAGUAUGACCUCCUUAUCCCCUCCCAUUGGUCCCGUCUGAGAGCCCUGAUAGGCCAGGCAGAAACGGGCUGUCCAAUCACGCUCCGCCAUCACCGCAGGCCCACUCGCCCUGCUACGAGCUAUAGGCCAAGAAGAGAGAGCAACAGCUAG